GACGAGGAGGAGCUGACGUAAGCUGAAAGUCUGGCGCAUGGCGGAGGGAGGAUGUAAAUAACACUGGCAGACAAGACUGAAAGAGCUGAGCCAUGAGACUCCUCAGUCGGACAGCGCGGUCUGUUUUCUCUCCGUCGGCAGGGGGCAGCAGAGGAUUUUGGGGCUGGCUCAACGCAGUGUUCAACAAAGUUGAUUAUGAACGGAUUAAGGCAGUUGGUCCGGACCGUGCAGCUGCUGAAUGGCUCCUGAGGUGUGGGGCCAAAGUUCGUUUCUGUGGUUUCGACCGCUGGCAGCACGACUAUAAUGGUCUCCCGACAGGGCCGCUUGGUCGCUACCAGAUACAAGCCAUCGACGCCACAGAGUCCUGCAUCAUGUACCGGGGCUUUGAUUACUUGAAUGGUCUGGAGCAUGUAGAGGAGAUAAAGCUGAAUAAGUGUAUAUAUAUAGAGGACGCUUGUCUGGAGCGCUUGAGUCAGACGGAGAACCUGCAGGCCAGCUUGAGGACGAUGUCGGUCAUCUCCUGUGGCAACGUAACGGACAAAGGCAUCAUCGCUUUCCAUCACCUGAGGAAUCUGGAGUAUCUGUUCCUCAGUGACCUGCCAGGAAUAAAAGACAAAGAGAAAACGACAGACAGACUGCAGACAGCACUACCCAAGCUCACAAUAGAACUGGACUUGGCUUAGCCAAUGACAGCCAGCCUAAUUUAGCCAAUUACACAGUCCCUCAAAGCCAAGACCAGCCAAUUAAACUCAUAGGCCAGGAUCCAGUGGCUGUUACAGAAGCAGCACCAGUGAGAGUAUAAUAGCUAAAGGUGUGUGUAGUGCUGUGAUGGAGCAUUCUGUGGGUCCUUCAGGAACCUGAUGUAUUAAAGGAGAGAGAAUAUAUUUACUGUGUACUAGUGCUUGUAUCUGUAUAUCAUUGUUUGAAUCGUGGCAUAUUUCUUGAAGAACUAAAGGAAAAGUUUGGAAUAACUGUUUUCAGUGAUAUAAAACCAAGUUUGUCACAGAUGAAUGUGUAAAAGGGUUCUAGUAUGAUGCUUGUACUCCACGACAUUAUACUUUUCAAUUUGUACGAAAUUGUAAAAGGUUAAGAAAUUUUAGGUUGAUGAACAGGACUGUAAAUGAUUCUAGAUCUUAGAAAGGUGCAUACCAUCAAGAAUAAAGUUAAUAAAAUUAACAUCCAGAA